CCGCGCGAAAGAGAAAAAAAAAACGAAAAUUUGACCUCCGCCCUCAUUCUCUCUCUCAAUCCUCUCCAACACUUCAACACUUUUAUCUCAUCUCGACAUCGCCCUCUACCUCUCCCCUCAACUCAACUCAGUCGCGCCCACUCCCUUUGCUUUCAGCGAUAGCCGCUCUGUCCCGCUUCAUCUUGGUCACCCAACCAUCAAACCCCCCUCACAUAACCACUCACCUCGGCUCAGCUCUGCUCUGCACUGCCCAGCAUGCCUCGCCGCGCCGCCCUGGAGCCCAAGCCCCGCAAGCCGCAGUACUCCCCCGAGAAGCGCGCCCGCAUCGCCGUCCUCUCGGAGCUCGGCAUGUCCCUAAAGGAGAUCUCGCUCAAGGAGGAGGUCCCUGUCUCCUCCAUCAAAGGCAUCGUCACGCGCUACCGCCUACAGCAGGCCGGCCGCGACCGCCCCCGCCCGGGCCGCCCCCGUAUCCUGUCCGACAGGGACGUCAAGACCCUGCUGCGCGUCCUCGAGGAGAAGCCCGCCGUCUCUUACGCCGAGCUCAAGCGCGAGGCCGGCGUCACCUGUGCCACAAAGACCCUCGUGCGCUACCUCCAGCUCGAGGGUAUCAAGCCCAACAAGCCUCCCCCGGGCGACUCCGAGGAGGAGGCCUCGCGCAUGCGCGUCUUGGCCGAUGACGCUGAGAAUGACGAGAAGUGAAUGAGAUACAUCUUCUCCAGUCCCCCUUCCAACCCGCGCGCGGGGAGGAGGGGGAACUUAAGCACGUCGGGUCCGGCACGAGUUAGUCGUUCGCGGGCUCGCAAACACGUAUAUUGUUGCGUCUUUACAUGUCAGAUUGUUUAAUACC